UAGGCGGAAGAAGCAGGCUGCAUUCUUUUUUCAAAUAACUUUAUUUAUAACAGAUUCAAAGACAACAUGGGUAUGUGGUGGUAUCAUACUGUAUGUGUACCGUGUACCCUGGAUUACUGAAAUCAUACAGGUUUGUAUGCAGUUACAAAGUAAAGCUGUUCCUCCGCUGCGGGAAGAUGCCAGAGACCGGAGGAGCUCCGGAGAUGUCCCGGAAAAGAGGCGCUGAACCCGGACCGCUACCCGAGCAGGUCCCGGAGAGGAAGAAAGCGUGCUGGGGCAUUCUGACCAGCCAAGGGUCCUGGGCAGAUCGCUCCCCUCUCCAUGAAGCAGCUUCUCAGGGUCGACUGCUUGCCCUGCACACUUUACUGGCUCAGGGAUAUCAAGUCAACAUUGUCACCAUCGAUCAUGUGACCCCUCUCCAUGAAGCCUGCCUGUCAGGACAUGUGGCCUGUGUCAGAGCAUUAGUAAAUGCUGGAGCUAAUGUAAAUGCUGCUACCAUCGAUGGUGUCACUCCUCUGUACAACUGUUGUACCUCUGGGAGUGUCGGUUGUAUGGAACUGCUGCUGCAGAAUGGAGCGCACACACACACAACACACACACACUUCCCCUCGGCUCUGCAUGAAGCCUGCAAGAGAGGUAAUAGCAAAUGUGUGGAGUCCCUGCUGUCUCAUGGAGCAGAUCCAGACUAUGGAGUGUCCCACUUGGGCUCUGCUCUCUACAUGAGCUGUCUACACCGACACACAGACUGCUCAAAGAUUCUGCUGCACAGAGGAGCCAGUGUUAAUUUAGGCAGAGGAAGUGACAGUCCUCUGCAUGCCACUGUCAGACAGGACAGUGCAGAUCAGGUGUCAGUGUUACUAGACUAUGGAGCUGAUGUCAACAUCAGAGACAGUAACGAUCAGCGACCUGUGGAGCUAGCGCCUGCUGGUGGAAAAACACAACAGCUGCUACUGACAUUUGAAGUUUCUCCGAGGAGUCUCUGCCAGUUGUGUCGUCUCCAGAUCAGGAACCUGAUUGGUCGAUCCAGAUUGAAGCAGCUCCCCCUCCUUCCUCUCCCUUCCCUGCUCACUCACUAUCUGGAGUACACAUAGGAUGAUGGGAAGAGCAACUACAAUUCAGGCCCUGUUCAGACCUGGUAUUAACAUGCGUCCUCAGAGAUCGGAUCACAAGUGGACAGCUCUAAGUACAGGUGUGAACGCACUCAGGACGCAUUGAAAUUGGAUCUUUCAGACCACAUUCAGAGGUGGUCUGGGCCACAUAUGACCACAUUAUUUUAGCAGUGUGUAGUGAAUGUGUCCUGGGCUAGAUUAAGGACCGCCUACUCAACUGACGUCCUGCUGGGAUCAGUGGGUCUCUGAGCUCCUCAUGCGAACAGACGGGCAGACGCGAGCACUUGUCAGCAUGGAAACGGCCUUCAUGCUCUACUGUAUCCUGUCGGUGCAACUGUAUUUUAUUACAAUAUAUCUUAUCUAUGGGCUACAUACAGUAGGCUAUCUACAGACUAUCAGACUAGGCACAGGAAGUGCAUUAUUAUCAUAUUGUUGGAGAUGUGUCGGUGUUUUUGUUCCGGUGUUUUGCACGAAGCUGUCACCUGCCCACCAGCUCACUCUCUCUCCUCCCCGGCUCUCUGGAGCUCUGUACCCGCUGUUUCCUGGCAAAGGCAGAGGUGUCUGCAGCACGGAGGUUCCAGGGGACCACCGCUACAAUAACACUUUAACCAAAUUCACGAAUAUGUAGGAUAUUACUGCUGAUAUUCAUGUAAUAUUUCGUCACAACGUCUGCUGUAUUAGCCAUGUGUUUAUUACAUGAUUAUUUGCACAUAGAGCGGGGAAGUGAGAUCAGAUCACAAGUGGUCACUCAAGACGCAUGCGGGGACGCAUUCUAAUACCAGGUCUGAACAGGGCUUCAGAUGCCAUUUCUUUAACAUUUUAAAUAAGGAUGUGCCAACCUUCUUAUUAACCACAUUAUGUGUUAACACAUGACAAUGUUUUAAACCGUAUGGUUGAGUUUGGCUAUACAACGUCAUUACUUCAAAAUACACUGAAGACUUACUCUGAUUCAUGCUGCACUCUGGUACACAGUCCACUGCCUUUGUGUUGCCAUUACAGACACAAUCACUGUUUAUUUUGAUUUUUUUAUUCAAUAGGACUCACAUUUGUCUGACUGAUAGUGACAGCUGAUUCAGACUCUUUUGUCUCUAUAUGUUGGUUUAACACAAUAUGUCAUUUUGUAAAUAUUGAAAUAAAUGUUCCACUGACAAGCAUGGUGUCUGUAUGUACUGUGUAUGUAAAUACCAAUAAAUGAUCCGUGACAUGG